AUGAACUUUAAAUACUUUAUUGUUAUCUUGGCUAUUGUCCAACUAUCACUUAUUAUUGGUACCUGUGUUGGCCAAGAACAACAACUCACACAGACCACACUGUUCGUCGAUCCAACAUCAACAACAAACUCCACUCAAGGAUGUGGUGCCACAUCUACCCAAGCAUGCCCCACCAUCUCUGCUGCCAUCGCUAGCUACUCAGUCAUCAUACCAGAGCCAACCAACUCACUUCUCAAUAUAGUCCUUGCGCCAGGUGUGUACACUCCAAUGUACAACAGCACCUCCAAUCAAUAUGGUAACGCCCAACUUGUCUUGUCCGGACUCAACGUGACCAUUGGACCAUCAACUCCACUUGCCCAAGGUAGCCAGGUGAUCAUCGACCUUCUCCAGCCAAAUACCAACAUUAGCAACAUGUUCAUAACCCUCGCUGUAUCUGCUGAUCAAUCACCAAUGACAAUCGUCACACUCAGCAACCUCAACAUUGUUCACGCCAACACAGUGAUCAGGUCAAAUAACAACAAUGCCAACAUCGUCUUGAACAAUGUCACGAUCACUGGAUUCAUGUCCAACUCGUCGGGUGCCAUCUACCUCACGGACAAUGAGCGUGGAAACAUAUCAUCUCUCACAAUCAAUGGUGGAUCAAUCUCCAACUACACAUGUGCACCAUACACUACCUUGGUCAAUUCAUUCCAGUACAACAUGGUGAUCAAUGAUGCAGUGUUUGCCAACAACUCUGCAGCAUAUAUAAUCUAUGGAUACAACGCAUCAUUCACAUUCCAAACACCAACAUUCAUCAAUAACACAGUGACCAACAACUUGAUCUACUUCAAGGACUUUGGCCGUGAUCUUAUCAGCACCAUCACUGACGGCAACAUUGCCUACAAUCAGUUGGCUGGUGUAACCAACUUCAACGGACUGAUCGCAUCAUCAGGUGGUAGUGUGAGCAUCACUGGCACAUUGUUUGACAGCAACAGUCAUUUAUACAGUUUGCUUCAAAUGUCAUUCGCGGACCUCACCAUCCAGGGCAGCACAUUCAUCAGUAACGUUGUGUAUGAUGGUCAGGUGAUUGGCGGUGAAGGAUCAAUCUUUGAAAUGUCCGAGAGUGCAAUGUUUAACAAUGUUAUGUUUGACUCAGUGGCAAUCAACUUUAACCUGUCACAUAUCAGUCUGUCCAAUGUGGUUUUUGGCAAACAACUUGGACCAUUGGGAGUCAACAACACUGUGAUCAUGUGCACUCAGGGCAACAUCACAUUCGAUCAAAUCACCAACUAUAACAAUCAAAGUGGCAAUGGUGGUCUUAUGGCUUGUGGUGUCACAUCACAAUGUUCAAUCUCUGGCGAUACUCAAGUGUGCAAUCAUGAACCUGAUCAACACAAAGGUCUAAGUGGAGGUGCAAUCGCUGGUAUUGUAUUUGGUACACUAAUUGGAGUAGCAGCAAUAGCCGUCAUCAUAGUGCUAAUACACAAGAGAAGAAGGAAUCAAUACAAUUCAAUCUAG